AUGCAAUGCUUAUCUCUACAAUCGCUUCCAUGGAAAUCAACAAAUCCAAUGAUUUUAUCUGAAAUUCAUACACUGAAUCCUAAACAACUCAAUUUCCAAGUGAACUCGCUGAAUUCUCAUCAUCGGAAAACUCGAAACUGGAGAAUCAGAAGCUCACCGGAAGAGGAGAGUGUAGCAAACUCAAGUGACUCCGGAGAUUUGAAGAAUUCUCUGUCCGGAAUUGUCGGAAAUCGAGUGGAGGAGCUUUUGAACAGAGAAGAGAACAAGGGUUUGCUCGAUGGUCUGGAAAAAGCUUCGAUGAGAGUGGAGGUUGCCAAGAGAGAGCUCGAAGAGAUAGAGAGGCAAGAAAUCGAGGCGAAAUUGCUACAGGUUUAUGUUAAUCAGCUCGAAUCAAGAGCAUCAGAGAUCGCAGAAUGCCAGCAAGAGAUUGUCGCAGCAAGAUCAAUGGUUGAGGAAGCAGAACGUUCCCUGUCCUUAGCAGAGGCCGAGGACAUUGCUGAUGAGAACGGUUAUUCGAUUGAUAAAGACAAAGAGAGACUAGAAUCAGCGAAAGCGGGAGCGAUAGCAGCCGCGGUUGGAACUCUUGCAGAACUCCCAUUUGCGCUUUCUCAAGUCUCGAGCGUCGAGCAGCUUCUUCUUCCCUUAGGAAUAGCGUUUGCAAGCUGCGCGUUGUUUGGAGUCACAUUUAGGUAUGCAGUUAGAAGAGACUUGGAUGAUAGUCAUCUUAAAUCCGGAGCCGUUGCCGCCUUUGGGUUUGUCAAAGGACUUGGUAUGUUGAGCAGAGGACCGCCAUUGGAGCUGAGCUGGGAAAGCUUGGUUUCACAUGGAAUUGACGGCGCCGUUUUGGUGUCUCAAAGCGUUUUGAUAUUUGCGUUUGCGUCUGUAGGUUUGGACUUUUGUUUCAAAAUGAACAUUUUAAGACCAUUUCCAAGCUCUUCUGAGACGCAAUCAAAAUAA